GGAGAUGCUUACAAGGACUACCAGGGUAACUAUUACGUUUGCUCAAAUUCUGGAGCUGGAAACUCUUGCCCAGUCAACUAUGAGUGCUAUUUUGAUGGUUACGUCUGGGGAUGCUGUCCUACCAAAGGUACGGUACUUUAUAAAUAUGUGAGCAUGCACACUGCGAGUUUUUACCGGCAAGUCUUAGUAAGAUGUCGUCGAUUGCCGCGCGCAAUUUGCAAACUCACAAACUGUGGUCAAAUGACUCGACAAUCACUAUACUCUAUUUCAGCCUACACCUGCACUCUAUCACCCCACAAAGGAGUCACAUGUGGAAGUGGAUCGUCCUAUCGUUACUUCUACAACAGCCAAACUCAAGAAUGCGAGAGCUUCCAAUAUAACGGUUGUGACGGAAAUUCGAACAAUUUCGCUACCCGAGACGAUUGCGAAAGCUACUGUAGUGUUGGUGGCUGCCCAUCCGGUGGUACUCCCGAGCGAAACGAGUUCGGUCAGCUGAUGGUGUGUUCAGCUACCCAAGUUUGUCCGACCACCCACGAAUGCACAUCGGUAAAUUCUGGAAGCAGUGUGGUGAAUCGAUGCUGUCCCACUCGUUCCUACAUCUGUUCCGCUUCAGCUCGUUACUAUUUCAAUAUUGUGACUAAGGAGUGCACCCAGUUUACCUAUAAUGGCUGCAGUGGAAAUCUGAAUAAUUUCGGGACCAUCGAGCAGUGUAAUAACUUCUGUCUCUCUGCCGCCUGUACUCCAGGAGAUGUAGCUUACGUCAAUCCUAACACCAAUAUGCCCUAUGAAUGCAAUGCUGCGUUGAGUAACAGUUGUCCAACAAACUUCGCCUGUACCUAUGAUCAGUUGUCCGGAACCAGCGUUUGCUGUGGAGCUACUCACAUGGGUAAGUUAUUCUCUAUCUACCUGCUCGGACUGACAAACAAUGUCUGUCCCGAAGGCGAAAAAGCCUACGUUAACGCUGUGGACAUGAGCGUCCGGGAAUGUCUUAUCAAUGUUGAGGGUUCUUGCCCUAGCAAUUAUCUCUGUCGCUUUAAUGCUCUGAAGAACCGCUAUUACUGUUGUGCUUCCAUCACCGGAGAUCUCUGCCCAGCUGGUAAAGCUCUGUACCGUGAACCAUCGUCUAAGGCACCUAUCAGAGCAAAAAAAAAUGUUACUUUCAGAUGCACAAUCAGUAGCAGCAGCAAUCAGUGUCCAAAUGGCUAUACGUGCCAGUCUGAUGUUCCUGGAGCGUUCCAAGGAUACUGCUGUUCGGCCAGUCAUAUCUGCCCCAAUAAGGCAGAAUUCUACCUCGAGGAAAACAGCCAGAUGCCAAGAUCUUGCACAGUCGGAGCUUUCAUCACCUGUCCUACCGGCUAUAGUUGCCAAAGUACGCAGACUGAGUUCACUACUGGACACUGCUGCAAGGGAGAGGUCUCUUCGGUUUCUGAUGGCUGCCCUCCAAACGAGUACGUCUACAUGAAGGACAACCAGAUCGCUCCCUGUGAUCCAUUCAACCCGCCAAAUGCUCCGUGCCCGAAUGGCUACUCCUGCCAAUGGUCCUUGUCCAACCAACGUUACCAAUGCUGUGGAGCGACACCCCUGACCACACCGAAGUCGAUCGCCGCACUUGGUUGUCCAAACAACCAAGUCGCUUUUCGUGACGUCGCCACCAAUGCGCCAAGAAUUUGCACAGCAGCUUCACAGAAUUGUCCAACAGGCUAUUUCUGUCAGUUCUCUACCACGAACAAUCAGUUCCAAUGCUGU